AAGAGAAAGAGAAAGCAGGAGACAAGGAAACAGGGAGAGGAAGAUGACUGAAGGGUAAAACAUUGCUUUCCCCCCUCCCCUUCCAUCUGUCUUUGACCUCACUCACCCAAGGUUCCAUCUCAUUCUGUUGCCAGCUGAGACAAUGAAGAACUGAUUUAUGUUAACACACACACACACACAGAUGCUCUGAUGAUGUUCAGCUGCUUCUCUACCACCACACACACACCUUCAUUAUUGUGCUCAAGAUUAAGAUCUAUGCUACAGAAUAAAAGCGUUCAGUUGCUAACACACAGUAUAUACACUACAGUCGGUGACAGCCACACACAAAGACGCUACAACCUCCUGACAGCAGCAGAACAGGAAGAAGCAUCUCUAUUGUAUUGGAAUGAUUAGGGUUGGGUAUCAUUUGUUUGUUUUUUAUACUGGUACCUAAACGUAAGACUCCAUAUUGCAUAGACAACAUGCAAACCAUCUGGAACUGAUGCAGAACCUGGAGACGUCACACAGCCAGGUGCUGCAGAGGCUGAAGUUCACACUCUGCUUCCUAUUGGACACCGUGCAUUGUUUAUAAUAAUGUCACACUCCAAUGUGUUUGCUUCUUCCGUGUUCCAUCAGAUCCCAGCAGUCUGUUACUGGUCUCCUCACUCUGUCAGCUCAGUGUCAUGCAGUUUUGAAGGAUGAGUGUGUGGCAGAGGAGCCUCCUUGGAGCCUGUGGAUGGAUUCAGACUCAGGUUUGCCAUUACAGUAUAGAGCAGGUGAACUGGAUAAGGAAAACUGGAGAUGGCACCGAAGAAAAGGAAGACACUUUAUGACUGCCAAGCUCUUGGGCGGAAGUGCGCCCUCCGACCCUCUCUUCCAUUCUGACGUGCCUUACAGCGCUUCAAACGCGGCCAGCUCCUCGUGCCUCCCCUCUGCCCCCCUCUCCGGAGCGUUCUUGAGCGGCAGAGUUCCGGCCAGAGUGAGCGGGACGAGCGGCAGCGGGGGCAGCGGCGCUGCUCUGCACACCGAGUGUAGGAUGGUAGAGUUGCACGGUGUGAAAGUGGCGUCGUUCACGGUGAAUGGUGCGGACCUGAUCUGCCUGCCUCAGGCGUUCGAGCUGUUCCUGAAAGACUUGGUGGGGGGGCUGCACACCGUCUACACCAAGCUGAAGCGGCUGGACAUCUACCCGGUGGUGUGCACAGUGGAGCAGGUCCGCGCCCUGCGGGGGCUCGGGGCCAUCCAGCCCGGGGUGAACCGCUGCAAACUCAUCACCAGGGGCGACUUCGAGACGCUGUACCGGGACUGCACCAACGCCAGCUCUCGACCAGGCCGUCCUCCGAAAUGGACACUGGGCAUGGCCAGGAUGAUGCACAGCUCCAGACCCCUCCCACACGGUCUGCUAACCCCCGCCCUUCUGUCUCAGACAGGUCUGACGGCAGCGGCAUUGGCUGAGGCUCUGAAACUGAAGAAGAUGAGGAUGAUGGGUUUCCAUGGCAACAGCAAUCAGCAGCAACAUCACAACGGAGCUGACUCAGAGAACACCACCACAGGAACCAGUGAAGGAUCAUGGGAGAAGGAGCAGCACCUCCUCGCUCCUCCCUCCUCCCUUGCAGCAUCUCCUGCUGGUUCUCUCCACCUCAACACUCUGCAGCAGCACAGCUCACUAUCGGCCAGCCGUUUGUUGGACCUUCCCUUUAUGGUCAUGCCACACUCCCUCCUCCCUGUGGGCCUGCCCCCUGCCAGCGUUGCCAUGGCGAUGAACCAACUGAGUCAGCUGAGUAGUUUGGCAAACAUGGCCAAUGUGUCACAGGAGAAGUUUCCUACAGGAAGCCCCUCCCCCUGCCUCUCCCCCAGCAGUGAUGAGCUCCACGCCCAGGAACCAACUAGCCAAUCACCUUCCAGAGCAUCUUUGGCCUCAUCAUCCUCUGCUUGUCCUGCACUCACACAGGAACCUGGUCAGCACACACAGAGACACACACAUGAUCAUGUUAUUAAUGAAAUAGGCUGUUUCUUCUUCUCUGGUCUGAAUGUUUCCUGCACAGAUGGAGAGACUGCAGAGCAGGAAAACAUGAAGAAAGUGUUGUGGGGAAAAGAUGGCCUGUUGCCCCACUCUGAUAUCAGACUGACCUAUGAGAAGCUGCCACUUACCUCUCAGCCACCAUCUAUCAAUGAAGCAAACCCAGCUUUUGCUCCCUUUCUAUUGGUUGAUGGUCUGUCAUUCAUGGAGACGCUGCUGACCAACAUAGAGGGCCUCCUCAAGGUGGCGGUGGAGAGUGCAUGUGCCCAGGAUAAACAAAAUCAGCUGGAGAGGAAAGAGUUAAAACUGGAGUUGGAGCGAGAAAGAAGCACUCGGCAGACGCUCCAGAGACAGCUGAGCUCAGAGCUCCAGACUCAAGUGUCGAUACAGAGGAUGCUGAAGAAGGAGAGGAAGGUGAAGAGGAGGCUGCAAGAGGCCUUGGACUUUGAGUCGAGGAGGAGAGAGCAGGUGGAGAGGGCGCUGAAGCACUCCAACUCCCUGACAGAUGCUGUGACUCCUGAGUGCGAACUGGAAAACAAGCAGCAGGAAAUCUCUGCAACUCAGGAGAACAGACUGUUCACCAAACCUCUACUGCUCUUCUGAGGCCUCACAUCUGCCUCUCACGCCAGGAUGGACAGAUGAACCAAUGGGCGGAUGAACAGAUGGACAGAUGAGGAGGAGGAAAGUGCAGAGCUAUAAAGAACUGAAACUGAACUGGACAUCUGGACCUCCUGAAACAGAAACAGAAAAACAGAUUAUGGACAGCUAAAUAAAAACAUCAACAAAAGAAAACCACAGUCCCAUCAGACAUCUCUCCUUUUACCAGUGGUGGAAGAAGUACUCAGAUCCUUUACUUAAGUAAUAUUAGCAAUACCACAGUGAAAAAUACUGUUACAA